AUGAGUACUAAUCUAAAAAACAAUGGGAUAACACGAAUUCAUCAUUCACAAUCUCAACCAUCCACGUUCAAAAUCCCUGGUCAAAGUCGUCGUUCGUUAUCUCAAGAUCAAAACUCUCGUUCACGAACAAAAGACAAACGAUCUAAAGUUAUUAUUCAUACAACGAUCCGAUCGGUAACAAAGAGUAUUAAUUCAACCAACAAUAAAUUACUCUCAGCACCGUCUCACAUUCAAGAUACAAAUCAUGAUCGGGAGAAAACACCACGACAAAAUAGCUCGCCAACAAGGACACACGAUAAAGUCGAGAGAUUUGAAGAAUACAAUCAAGGUACCUCGUCAAUAGCCAACAACCAAGCACGGCCUAAAUCUGCAGCAAUGACAACAACACCGUUUGUAAACGUAACGAUAGUCUCGACAGCAGCAACGACGAUGUCCACAACACCAUCACCAACGAUCUCGACUACAGUUUCGACAACGGCUUCAACCACGAUCUCGACUACAGUUUCGACAACGGCUUCAACCACGAUCUCGACUACAGUUUCGACAACGGCUUCAACCACGAUCUCGACUACAGUUUCGACAACGGCUUCAACCACGAUCUCGACUA